AAGAUUCCGCUCCCUCUCUCACCUACUCAUCUCCUCUCUCUGUCUUUCUCAGCAUCGUUCAACGGAACGAUUCCAGGGAGUCAUCGCCGUCAAACGAAUCCGAAAGCAGAGCAGCCAGCAGCCCCACGGACCUCACGCCUUUCACCCUGCCGUCCGAUCGUCUGAUCGAUUCAAGUGAAAAGGAGGUGUAUUUACUAGGACUGGAAAGAUAUGGCUGAAGUUUCGCAAGCGAGUUCGGGUGAGACUGAAGUGAAGCUCUCAGGAAAGGAUGAUACUCAGGUAGGGGAAAAUACUGAAAAAGUUUUCACAAAAGGCAACAAUGAUAUACUGUCAAAAGAAGAAAUUAAAGAAGAAGAGGAGUCUGCAUUAGACGGAGAAUUUGUAAAAGUUGAGAAGGAACUAUUGGUAGAUGUAAAAGAAAGCUCUCACCUACCUAAGGUGGAAUUGGAAGAAUCCAAACUUCCUGCAAGCAAUCAAUCAGGAAAGUCAGAAUCAACCAUUGAUUCUCCAAAGUUGGUAAAGGAGAUAGAUGAACUUAAGCUUCAAAUUGCGACACUUCUUGGGAAAUUAAAUAGUUUGGAAACUGAAAAGGCCUCAAUGAAAUCCAAGCUUGAUCUUGCAAAUGAAGAACUAGAGAAAAUGAACAAGCACUGUGAAGAAUUUGAACUUGACCAGAAGUUGCUGAAAAAUCAGAUCAUAGAAGCUGAACAAAAGUAUAAUUUGCAAAUUGAAUCCCAUCAGGAAGCACUAAAAGCUACAGAUAUGAAGCAUAAGGAACUUGUUGAUUUAAAGGAAUCAUUCACUGGUCUGUCCACUGAACUUGAGAGUUCAAAAAAUAUGAUAAAGUCCCUUGAAGAAGAGUUAUUAUCCUCAACUAACGAUCUGCAUAAACUUAAUGAAGCAAGCAAGCAUAGUAGUUCACAAGCAGAGUUAGAAUCAAGAAAAGUGAAGGAGUUGGAGAGCACGUUGGAGCUGACACAUGCUACUGCAAAGAGUAUGAAGGAUCAAAUAAACAAUCUACAGAAGGAGUUGAGUGAUCUAGAUGGUAAAAUUGCUGAGAAACAUCAGAUUGAAGAAAAACUUCAAAACACUUUGCUGGAACUUUCAAAAUUUCAGGAGAAAUUGGAAGCCUCAAAACUAGAAAUGGCUAAACUGGAGCAGGACAUUUCUUCUAAAGAUGCCCUCGUCCAGGAACUGACUGAAGAACGAAAUCUGCAUAAGGUUGCUGAAGAAAAGUUGAAAUCAAAUCUCACAUCAUUGCAGGUGAUGCUUUCAGCCUCAGAAAGAGACAUGCGGACAAAAUGUGUGAGCUUGGGCGAAUUGGAGCAGAAGCUUCAGGAGCAAGUAAAAGAAAGGGAAAGAGUUGAAGCUUUAUUUAAGGAUCGAGAAAUUCAGAUAUUGAAUGUAAAAGAUGAUUUAACCAACUUAAUAGCAGAGAAGGCAACACUGGAGAGCACUGUAUCUGAUCUUAAUAUCAAAUUGUCAGAAAAUGAGGAACUGUAUCGCAAACUGGAAGCCAAGCUAAGUUUGUCUGAACAAAAUUUCAGGGAAACAAAUUCACUGCUAUCACAGACAUCAACAUACAAAGAGGAGCUCGAAAAAAAAUUGGAAUUGUUUGAACAGCUGCACCAUGAAUCCAAGACAACCACAGAAGCUUGUACUAGAAGAAACCUUGAGCUAGAAGGUCUCAUUCAGGCAUCAAGUGCAGUUGAAGAGAAUAUCAGAUCACAGCUAAAGGACUGCAAGUUAAAAUUGGCAUCAGCUGAGAAGUCCAAUGUGGAUCUUGAGCAACAAAUAAAUCUUUCAGAGAUAAAGUUUCUUGAUGCACAGAACGAGAUAAAUGAACUCAAUGAGAAAAUAAAAGAACUUACUUCUUCAUUGAAGGAAGCAGCAGAAGAAAAUGCACUGUCAAGACACCGUUUAGAAGGUUAUGAAGAUAAAAUCAAUCAAUUGGAUUCUUCCUUGACCAAAUCAUCUUUGAGUAAGUUAGAACUAGAAAAAGAGCUUAAUGAUCUCAUCAACAAAUGUACAGAACACAAGGAACGGGCUACUGCAACACAAAACCGCAGUCUUGAGCUGGAAGAAUUGAUCAAUUCUUCUGAUUCCAGGGCUAAAGAUGCUCAAAAAAGAGUGGAAGAAGUGGAAUUGUUGUUGGAGGCUGCUAAUUAUCACACCCAGGAACUUGAGCAACUAAUCAGCAUAGAACAGUCAAAACAGAGAGAUGUUGAGGCUGAAUCAAAGCAAUACAAGAGCAAAGUCACUGAUCUUGUUACAGAACUUGAAGCACAUCAGACAAGAACAAAGAACCUUGAAGCUGUGCUGCAAGCUGCAAAUGAAAAGGAAAAAGAGUUGACUAAUGUCCUUAAUACAGCUAUUGAAGAAAGAAAAAAAUUUGAAGACCUUUCUAAUAGUCAGCAGAAAAAACUCAUUGAAUCUGAGACUCAAAUUCAGAUUUUGCAAAAUGAAUUGAAAUACAUGACAGAGAAACUUGAAAGUGUUCAGAAACAACGGGAGGCUUCAAAUCUACAGGAGAAAGAUCUAAGCGAGAAGCUUAGGUACGCUGAAGAACAGUUGACUCAUCAUGGAAAGACUGUAGAGGAAAUUACUGCAAGGAACCUAGAUUUGAAAUUUUUAACCGAAUCAUUAACCAAAGAAUCAGAGAUGAAACUCAAAGAGGUUGCAGUAAACUUAAAGCAGAAGGAUUCUGAAGUCAAAGAAUUGCUUGAAAAGUUACAUUCUCUCGAAGAACAACUGAACUUUUAUAAAGAACAGGUUGUUGAAUCUACUGAAAAUUCUGCCUCACUUAAGUCAGAGUUGGAGGAGAAGGCAGUGAAGCUGGUUUCUCUUGAAAACAACAUCGAGGAGCUUAAGAAAAAAUUAUCAGAAGCUAAUAUAAAAGGUGAACAGACAAUUUCGGAAAAUGAGUUGCUUUCUAUGACAAACUCAAAGCUCAGGGAAGAGUUGGAAGUUCAUCAACACAAAAUCAAUGAGCUCAAUGAUUUGUUAAAAUCCACACAUUCUGAGAAGGAGACUAUUGCUGUUCAACUUGCUUCUCAUACAAGCACCAUAACCAAAUUAACAGAAGAACAUUCAAGAGGGCUGGAUCUCCAACUGGCAAUCAAGUCCCGUCUUAACGAAACUGAAGCCCACUUGAAUGACUCCGUUGAGAAAUACAAGCUAAAAGACCUAGAAGCCAGUGAACUGAAUGAAAAGCUGCUUGCUACUGAAACUAAAUUGAGAAUUUAUGGAGAACAGGCCAGUGAGUUAGCAACUCAGAAGGGUAAACUGGAAGAGGCUCUAUUCAAGAUACAGGAUCUUGGAGUACUGAUUGAGCAAUUGAAAAGCAAUUCUCACAGUUUCCAAACUGAGAAUGAAGGUUUAGUGAGACACAAUAUUAGUCUCGCUGAAGAUGUUGCGACAUUUAAGACCAAAAUGAAUGACUUACAGGUAGCAAUUGAUGCAACCACUGCAGAGAAAGAAGAUUUAAUGAAGCAGCUCCAUUAUUCUAAGAAAGAAUCUGAUGAUUCGAUACAAUUGCUUAACACUGAGAAAGACGUACUCAAGUUUCAGGUUAGCUCUCAUCUGGAAGAGGGCAAGUUGCUCAAAGAAAUGCAUGAAAAGUUAAGGAACGAACAUGAAACAUCUGUGGCACAAUUAGAAAGAGAACUGUCUCAACAAAAAGUAGACAAAGAGUCUCUUAGUUCUCUCGUUGAUAAUCUUAGAGCAGAGUUGGCAGAGAAGUCUCUUCUUCAAGAACGGGCUUCUGAACUUGAAGAAAAGCUGCUAUUAGCUGAGAAAGCUUAUGCCCAAGAGGUUGCCGAAGAAAACAAUAAGGUUACAGUUCUUAAGGUAGAACUUGAAGAAUUGAAACUUAAACAAAAUCAAACUUCUGCAAUGGAAAAGAAGAUAGCAGAGCUCGAGAACACUCUACAGUUGGUCCACACUGGCAAUGAUAAUCAGAUCAAGAAUGCAACUCCUCAAGUAGAAAGAGAUGAUUCAACUGAGGUGAAAUCAAGAGAAAUUGGACUGGAUACCUCAACACUGUCAAAGAGAAAAAAUAAGAAAAGCAGUGACAGGCCAAAGAAGGAUACAGAGACAACUAAUGUAAGCCGAAAUGCGCAUCUCGCAGCAGAGCAUUCAGAAGGCAGUGCCUUCAAAUUUGUGCUUGGAGUGGCUUUGGUAUCAAUCAUCAUUGGCAUCAUUCUCGGAAAACGGUAUUAGGCAUGGUUUUAUCUUGCCUUUUCUUUUCAACCCCCCAUCAUAAUGCAAGUCCGUUUGUUGUUGUAACUGGAAAUAAUUUUGUGCUCUGAAGUUGCUUGGUCCUGUCGAUUGAAGAAACAAGUUUUCUGAAUUUUAAUGAUCUUGUUGCAAGCUUAAUAAAUUGCUGUAAAGGGAUAUGCAUUUUCAGUGACUGUAGGAAUUUGUUUUCUCCCUUCA